GGAAGGAGGAGCCGCCUCGACGGCGCAGCCACACGUGACGGCGGGGCGGGCUGUGGAAGGGCCGCCUGCCCGGCCUCGCUCGCUCCAGCCCGGCGGCCGCAGAGAGGAGAGCAGCGGCGGGGCCAUGGCGGGGGCGGCAGCAGUUUUGCAGGUGCCGUGAGCGGUCCCGAUCCUGUGGCCGAGCCCGUCUCCUCGGGUGGAGGAUGGGAAACCAGCUGGCGCCGCUGCCCUUGGCUCCCUUCCUGCCCCCUCUGCAGGCCCUGCACGUGGUGGUGGUGGGGCUGGAUGCCGCGGGCAAGACCUCGCUGCUCUACCGCCUGAAGUUCCAGGAGUUUGUCAAGAGCGUGCCCACCAAAGGCUUCAACAUGGAGAAGAUCCGGGUGCCGCUGGGGGGCUCUCGGGCCAUCACCUUCCAAGUGUGGGAUGUGGGCGGGCAGGAGAAGCUGCGGCCGCUGUGGAAGUCCUACACGCGCUGCACCGACGGGCUGGUCUUUGUGGUGGACUCGACAGAGGCCGAGCGCCUGGAAGAGGCUCGGGUGGAGCUGCACAGAAUCGCCCGGGCCUCGGACAACCAAGGGGUACCUGUGCUGGUGCUGGCCAACAAGCAGGAUGCAGCCGAGGCGCUUUCGGUCGCAGAGGUGGAGAAGGGCCUCGGCCUGCACGAACUGGGGGCUUCCACCCUGAGCCACAUCCAGGGCUGCAGCGCCCUCAGCGGCCUGGGACUUCCGCAGGGUCUAGAGAAGCUCCACGAGAUGAUCCUCCGGCGCAAAAAACUCCUCCGUUACAGCAAAAAUAGGUGCUGAGAAGACAGGGUAGCCAUCCAGAGGGGCAAUCCUGCCACUUGGGGGACUUUCGGCACCUCUAAGACACCCCAAGGUUGACCUCUUUUGGACCAUCCCUGGACUGUGAAAGGGGAAGUUCUGGUUUCCCUUUGGGUGGUCUUGAAUGUUUGGACUUGUGGAGCCUGUGCAUAGCCUGUGCAUAGGUGCAUAGCCUGUGCAUAGGUGGCGGUGAGCUCCAUGGGAGAGGAAGGGGGAGUCAUCCCAAGAACACACAGCCCCUUUGGGUAUGAGUGCCCAGCACUCAUGGGUAUCUUUUUUUACAAAUGUCUUUGUGAGCUCCUGGGGUGUAUGCGUGUGUGUGUGUGUGUGUUUGUAAAGAAGCAAAACCUAAAUUAUUAAAGAGGCAGUUUGCAAAAUGAAA